UGCAUCUAUGGAAUUCGCUGUGUCUGCUUGUGCAUGAGCUCUUGAGAGCAGAGUACUGUAGCUGUUUGGACUCUGCCAGACUGGUUGGCCACACCUGACUAAGAUAAACCAGCCCACAACUUUGGACAGAAAGCCAAACAGUGGAAUGCUGUGGAAUCAUUGGUGCAUUUCAGGUGUUACAUCCUGCCCUCGACUACUGAUGGGUGACUUCUCAAAACAAGCUUGAAACAAUGCUGCCAUUGUCUAAAUGAAAUUGCCAUUUCCAUUUCAUAUGAGCUGGUAUCUCAAAUUCAAAUGCUCAGUUUGCAUUUUCAAGGUGUACAGUUUCUGCCAAAAUGACAAUGCAAAGUCCAUUUUGCAUUCAAUUUCAGGAUUAUACUUGAAAUGAUUUGCCAAUGGAUUUUUUUGUGUGCAUUUUCAAACAUGAAAAAGAAAGAAAAACAAAACAUGCAAUGUGAUCUACGGCCUCUCACACUAAGGAUGUCCUAUCAGUAGAACAGUAUAAUACAGGGUGAGCUAUAUUUCUGCAAUAAAUUGUCUUCAAGAAACGUCUGAGUGAAGUGUCACAACAUGCUCUGCAUCCUCAACACAUAGACACAAAAAGCACAGUACUCAUACUGUACGGCCACAGACCACCUGAGACAUCACAACAUUCACUUCCUGUAUGGAAACCAUUUCUUGUGUGUGUGGGUGGCCUGGCGAGGUCUAAUCUUGACACUUCAUAUGCAUGUCACAGUGUUAUAUGCUGUGACAUAUGCAGAAAUCUGAGUUUUAAUUAUUCUUAUAUACAUAAUUUACUCAUUUUUGUCUCCUUAGCAACAUUAAAUUAAAGCUGUGGUUUAGCAUUAAGGACGUUAGAACGAGACAAAACAGCAAAUGCAGAUACUCACUACCGGUAAGUGGAAUGGAGGAUUUCUGUAAACAUUUGGGCAUCAGGAUGUUGUCUCUGAUUUGUUGCAUGUUCUGGAUUUUCUCCACCGCAGAAGGAAACACCAUCACAGGGGUGGUUGGCAGCAAAGUGAUCCUGAAGUAUAAGAACGAUUCAAACGGCACAAUCAAUCAGCUUACAUGGAAAAGGAACGGGGUUCUCUUGAUCACUUUCAUGCAACCUUCAACCUUACACCGCAGUCCAGAAGCUGAACGCCUGAACAUAAAUAUGUCAAAGAGCCAACCGUACACUCUGGUCAUUGAGAGAGCCCAGACGUCUCAUACAGGAAACUACACCUGUGAGAUCACCAAGGACGAAGCAGUUCUGGAACAGAAGUGGGAGCUGAUAAUUAAAGAUGCUGAGAAUUCGGACCAGCUAUGGAUUGUUGUGGCAGUUGUUGUUCCUUGUGUGUGUUGCCUGAUCUUUAUAUUAGCUUUGACCAUUCUGCUAAGAGUCCGCAAACGACGUGCAGGGGAUAAUUCACCCAACGCAGACAUGGAGCGAGAAGAAGAUAUUUAUGAAAACUGCCUGGAAACUGAUGUUGGUCAACGACGUGGCCAUAAUCAGCGUUACCAUUGCAUAACCAGGACUCGCUGAUAUGAAGUGCACUACAAAAAUCUAAAUGGGAAGGGGACUGCAAAAGGGAAGGGAGUAUUGCAAGUGGGCACAUGUGCGAAACUGCUCUUUUCAUAGGAACAACCAUCUUCUCUGGAAUACAAAACAAAUUGUAGAAAAACACCUGUUUUCACAUCCUCUGUCUAAAUUACUUUCACUCUGAAGAAUUACUUCAGCCUUUUUAUCUAGAGAUGUUCCGAUACCAUUUUUUCCUUCCCGAUUCCAAUACCUGAACUUGUGGGUGAUACAGAGUACCAAU